UUUCGCUCUAGGGUGCCCUCUGCGUCUUAAUUAGUAAAUCUUCUUUCAGCUUUGCUCAUUCAUUUUGCAUUUGGAGAAACAGAAAUAAGGUUUGCUGGGCAAACAGAAUUUUACGUUAAUGAAACAAGUACAACAUUAUUUCGUCUUGUCAUUGAAAGGAUAGGAAGCCAGCAAAUGGUUACUGCAGUUGUAUCGCUGUAUGGAGAGGACACUGGUGACUUUUUUGACACAUAUGCUGCAGCUUUUAUACCUGCUGGAGAAACAAAUAGGACUGUGUACUUAGCAGUAUGUGAUGAUGACCUUCCAGAACCUGAUGAAACUUUUAUUUUUCAUUUAACAUUACAAAAGCCUUCAGCAAACAUGAAGCUUGGAUGGCCAAGGACUGUUACUGUGACAAUAUUAUCAAAUGACAAUGCUUUUGGAAUUAUUUCAUUUAAUAUGCCUUCGUCAAUCACAGUGAGUGAGCCCAGGGGCAGAAAUGAGUCUGUGCCUCUUACUCUCAUCAGGGAAAAGGGGACCUAUGGAAUGGUUACUGUGACUUUUCAGGUAGAGGGUGGUCCAAAUCCCCCUGAAGAAGACCUCAGUCCAGUUAGAGGAAAUAUCACCUUUCCCCCUGGCAGAGCAAUAAUAAUUUAUAACUUGACAAUACUUGAUGAUGAGGUACCAGAAAAUGAUGAAAUAUUUUUGAUUCAAUUGAUAAGUGUAGAAGGAGGAGCUGAGAUUAACACCUCUAGGAAUUCAGUUGAGAUCAUCAUUAAGAAAAAUGAUGGUCCUGUGAGUUUCAUUCAGAGUGUUUAUCUGGUACCUGAGGAAGACCACAUACUCAUAAUUCCAGUGGUUCGUGGAAAGGACAAUGAUGGAAAUCUGAUUGGAUCUGAUGAAUAUGAAGUUUCAAUCAGAUACACAGUUGUAACUGGAAAUUCAACAACACACGCACAGCAAAAUUUAGACUUCAUUGAUCUUCAACCAAACCCAACUAUUGUUUUCCCACCUUUUAUACAUGAAUCACACCUGAAAUUUCAAAUAAUUGAUGACACCAUACCAGAGAUUGCUGAAUCAUUUCACAUUAUUUUACUAAAGGAUACCUUACAGGGAGAUGCUGUGCUAAUAGGCCCUUCUAUUAUACAAGUCACCAUUAAGCCAAAUGACAAACCUUAUGGAGUUCUCUCAUUCAACAGUAUUUUGUUUGAAAGACCUGUUAUAAUUGAUGAAGAUGUAACAUCAAGAUUUGAAGAAAUUACUGUGGUUAGAAAUGGUGGCACCCAUGGGAAUGUUUCUGUGAACUGGGUGUUGACACGGAACAGCAGUGAUUCCUCACCGGUGACAACAGAUAUCAGACCAAGUUCUGGGGUUCUCCAUUUUGCACAAGGGCAGAUGUUGACAUCAGUUCCUCUUACCAUUGUUGACGAUGAUCUCCCAGAAGAGGCCGAAGCUUUUCUUCUUAAAAUUCUGCCUCACACAAUACAAGGAGGUGCUGAAGUGAGCGAGCCAGCCGAGCUUUUGUUAUAUAUUCGGGACAGUGAUGAUGUUUAUGGUCUAAUAGCAUUUUUUCCUAUGGAAAACCAGAAGAUUGAAAGUUAUCCAGGGGAACGAUAUCUAUCCUUGAGUUUUACAAGGCUAGGAGGAACUAAAGGGGAUGUGAGGAUGCUUUAUUCUUCACUUUAUAUUCCUGCUGGAGAUGUGGACCCCUUGAGAGCAAAGGAUGGCAUCUUAAAUAUAUCCGGGAGAAGCAGCCUUGUGUUUCUAGAGAAUAAAACCCAAGUCACUGCAAAAUUACCAAUAAGAAAUGAUGCAUUUCUUCAAAAUGGGGCCCACUUCCUAGUACAGUUGGAAACUGCAGUGUUGGUGGACAUAUUUCCCCCAAUUCCACCUGUAAGCCCUAGAUUUGGAAAAAUUCAAAAUAUUUCUUUGCUGGUUACUCCAGCCAUUGCAAAUGGAGAAAUUGGCUUUAUUAGUAAUAUUCCAGUCAUUCUACGUGAGCCCGAAGAUUCUGCUGCUGAAAUGAUAUACAUUCCCUUACAUCGGGAUGGAACUGAUGGCCAGGCUACUGUCUACUGGAGUUUGAAGCCCUCUGGCUUUAAUUCACAAGCAGUGACCGUGGAUGAUAUAGGGCCCUUUAAUGGCUCUGUGGUGUUUCUAUCUGGGCAGAGUGACACAACAAUCAACAUUACUGUCAAAGGCGACGACAUCCCGGAAAUGAAUGAAACUGUGACACUCUCUCUAGACAGAGCUAAUGUGGAAAAUCAAGUGCUGAAAUCUGGAUAUACGAGCCGUGACCUCAUUAUUUUGGAAAAUGAUGAUCCUGGGGGAGUUUUUGAAUUUUCUCCUACUUCUAGAGGACCUUAUGUUAUAAAAGAAGGAGAAUCUGUAGAGCUCCACAUUACUCGAUCCAGGGGGGCUCUGGUUAAACAGUUUCUGCACUACCGAGUAGAGCCACAAGACAGCAAUGAAUUCUAUGGCAAUAUGGGGGUACUGGAAUUUAAACCUGGGGAAAUGGAAAUAGUAAUCACCUUGCUAACAAGAUUGGAUGGCAUACCAGAGUUGGAUGAGCACUAUUGGGUGGUCCUCAGCAGCCAUGGUGAAAGAGAGAGCAAGUUGGGAAGUGCCACGGUUGUCAACAUAACAAUUCUAAAAAAUGAUGAUCCUCAUGGAAUUAUAGAAUUUGUUUCUGAUAACCUAACUGUGACGAUAAAUGAAAGCAAAGGAGAUGAUAUCUAUAGUGCUGUUUAUGGAGUUGUAAGAAAUCGAGGCAACUUUGGUGAUGUCACUGUAUCGUGGGUGGUUAGUCCAGACUUUACACAAGAUGUAUCUCCUGUGCAAGGGACAAUUUUCUUUGGAGACCAGGAAUUUUCAAAAAAUAUCAUCAUUUACUCCCUUCCAGAUGAGAUUCCAGAGGAAAUGGAAGAAUUUAUUAUUACCCUCCUUAAUGCUGCUGGAGGAGCUAGAUUGGGAAAUAGAACAACUGCAACUCUGAGGAUUGAAAGAAAUGAUGACCCCAUAUAUUUUGCAGAACCUCGUGUAGUGAGGGUUCAAGAAGGUGAUACUGCCAACUUUACAGUUCUCAGAAAUGGAUCUGUUGAUAUUACCUGUACUGUCCAAUAUGCUACUAUGGAUGCAAAGGCUUCAGCAAAAGAGGGAGACUUUGUUCCUGCUGCAAAAGGACAAACCAUUGUUUUUGAGGUUGGCAGUACAGAGCAGAGCCUAUCUGUAUAUAUUAAUGAAGAUGGUAUCCCAGAAACAGAGGAGCACUUUUAUAUUAUGCUCUUUAAUUCAACAGGUGAUACAGUGGUAUAUCAAUAUGGAAUAGCUACAGUUAUAAUUGAAGCUAAUGAUGACCCAAAUGGUAUUUUUUUUCUGGAGCCCAUAGACAAAGCAGUAGAAGAAGGAAAGACAAAUGCAUUUUGGGUUUUGAGGCACCGGGGGCACUUUGGCAAUGCUUCUGUGAUGUGGCAGCUCUUUCAGAAUGGUUCUGCUCUGCACCCAGGACAGGAGUUCUAUGAAACAUCGGGAACUGUUAACUUCAUGGAUGGAGAAGGAACAAAAUCAAUAAUUCUCCAUGCUUUCCCAGAUAAAAUUCCUGAAUUCAAUGAGUUUUAUAUCCUAAAGCUUGUAAAUAUUUCAGGUGGGUCCCCAGGUCUUGGAGGCCAAUUAGCAGAAGCCAACCUUCAGGUAACAGUAAUGAUUCCAUUCAAUGAUGAUCCCUUUGGAAUUUUCAUCUUUGAUUCAGAGUGCUUAGAGAGAGAAGUGGCAGAAGAUGUCCUCUCAGAAGAUGAUAUGUCUUAUAUUACCAGCUUCACUGUUUUGAGGCAACAGGGUGUCUUUGGUGAUGUACGGAUUGGCUGGGAAAUACUCUCCAGUGAGUUUACUGCUGGUUUGCCACCAAUGAUAGAUUUUUUACUGGUUGGAAUUUUCCCCAGCACUGUGCAUUUACAACCACACAUGCGACGUCAUCACAGUGGAACAGAUGCCUUGUACUUUAGUGGACUCGAGGGCGCCUUUGGGACGGUUAGUCCAAACUACCACCCCUCCAGGAAUAGCACAAUUGCCAACUUUACAUUUUCAGCCUGGGUAAUGCCUAAUGCCAAUACAAACGGAUUUGUUAUAGCAAAGGAGGAUGGUAAUGGAAGCAUCUACUAUGGAAUAAAAAUCCAAACAAAUGAAUCCCAUGUGACACUUUCCCUUCAUUAUAAAACUUUGGGAUCCAAUGCUACCUACAUUGCCAAGACAACAGUCAUGAAAUAUUUAGAAGAAGGUAUUUGGCUUCAUCUUCUAAUUAUCCUGGAUGAUGGUAUAAUUGAAUUCUACCUGGAUGGAAAUGCAAUGCCUAAAGGAAUUAAGAGUCUGAAAGGAGAAGCCAUUAGUGAUGGUCCUGGAAUACUAAGAAUUGGGGCAGGGAUGAGUGGCAGCAGCAGAUAUACAGGUCUGAUGCAGGAUGUGAGAGCCUAUGAGCGAAAACUGACCCUUGAAGAAAUUUAUGAACUUCAUGCUAUGCCUGCAAAGAAUGAUUUACACCCCAUUUCUGGAUAUCUGGAGUUCAGACAGGGAGAAACUAACAAAUCAUUCAUUGUUUCUGCAAGAGAUGACAAUGAAGAGGAAGGAGAAGAAUUAUUCAUUCUUAAAUUAGUCUCUGUGUAUGGAGGGGCUCACAUUUCUGAAGAAAAUAGUACAGCAAGAUUAAUAAUACAAAAAAGUGACAAUGCCAAUGGCCUGUUUGGUUUUACAGGAGCUUGUAUACCUGAGAUUGCGGAGGAGGGAUCCACCAUUUCCUGUGUGGUGGAGAGAACCAGGGGAGCCUUGGAUUAUGUGCAUGUUUCUUACAUCAUCUCCCAGGUUGAAUCUGAUGACAUUAAUUACCUUGUUGAUGACUUUGCUAAUGCCAGUGGGACGAUUACAUUCCUUCCUUGGCAGAGGUCUGAGGUUCUGAAUAUUUAUGUUCUUGACGAUGAUAUUCCUGAGCUUAAUGAAUAUUUUCGGGUGACUCUGGUUUCUGCAAUUCCUGGAGAUGGGAAACUAGGUUCAACUCCCACCAGUGGUGCAAGCAUAGAUCCUGAAAAGGAAACGACAGAUAUCACAGUGAAAGCUAGCGAUCAUCCCAAUGGCUUGCUGCAGUUUUCCACAGGGCUGCCUCCCCAGCCUGAGGACGUAAUGAGCCUGCCUGCCAGCAGCAUUCCACAUGUCACCGUGCAGGAAGAGGACGGAGAGGUCAGAUUCCUGGUUGUCCGUGCACAAGGACUACUGGGGAGAGUGACUGCACAAUUUAGAACCGUGUCCUUGACAGCAUUUAGUCCAGAGGACUAUCAGAGCGUUGCUGGCACAUUAGAAUUUCAACCAGGAGAAAGAUAUAAGUACAUUUUUGUCAAUAUCACUGAUAAUUCUAUCCCUGAACUGGAAAAAUCUUUUAAAGUUGAAUUGUUAAACUUGGAAGGAGGAGUGCCUGAACUCAUUAGGGCUGAUGGCAGUGGUAGUGGAGAUGGGGACGUGGAAUUCUUCCUUCCAACUGUUCACAAACGUGCCAGUCUAGGAGUGGCGUCCCAGAUUCUAGUGACAAUUGCAGCCUCUGACCACGCUCAUGGUGUGUUUGAGUUUAGUCCUGAGUCGCUCUUUGUUAAUGGAACUGAACCACAAGAUGGGUACAGCACUGUUACAUUAAAUAUUAUGAGGAGUCACGGCGCUCUGUCUCAAGUGACUUUGCAUUGGAACAUAGACUCUGACCCUGAGGGGGAUCUCGCCUUCACCUCUGGCAACGUCACCUUUGAGAUUGGACAGAUGGUGGCCCAUAUUAUGGUGGAAAUAUUACCAGACGACAUUCCGGAACUGGAUAAGGCAUUCUCUGUGUCAAUCCUCAAUGUCUCCGAUGGUUCUUUGGGCAUUCUUACUAAUGCCACAUUAACAGUUUUGGCUAAUGAUGAUCCUUAUGGGGUAUUCAUUUUUUCUGAGAAAAAUAGACCUAUUAAAGUUGAAGAAGCAACACAGAAUAUCACAUUAUCAAUAAUAAGGUUGAAAGGCCUCAUGGGAAAAGUCAUAGUCUCAUAUUCAACACUAGAUGAUAUGGAAAAACCACCUUUUUUUCCACCUAAUUUAGCCAGAGCAUCUCAAGGAAGAGACUACAUAUCAGCAUCUGGGUUUGCUCUUUUCACAGCCAAUCAGACUGAAGCAGCAAUAACUAUUUCAGUUUUGGAUGAUGAUGACCCAGAAAGGUCUGAAUCUGUGUUCAUUGAACUAUUGAAUUCCACUUUAAUAGAGAAAGUACAGAAUCGCCCAAUUCCAAAUUCUCCACGCCUUGGGCCCAAGAUAGAAACUAUUGCUCAUUUAAUUAUUAUUGCAAAUGAUGAUGCAUUUGGAAUUCUUCAGCUCUCAGCUUCACUUGUUCGAGUAGCAGAAAAUCAUGUUGGACCCAUUAUUAACGUGACUAGAACAGGAGGAGCAUUUGCAGAUGUUUCUGUAAAGUUUAAAGCUGUGCCAAUAACUGCAAUAGCUGGUGAAGAUUAUAGUAUUGCUUCAUCAGAUGUGGUCUUGCUAGAAGGAGAAACCAGUAAAGCUGUGCCAAUAUAUAUCAUUAAUGACAUUUACCCUGAGCUUGAAGAAUCUUUUCUUGUGCAACUGCUAAAUGAAACAACAGGAGGAGCCAAACUAGGGGCUUUAACUGAAGCACUGAUUAUUAUUGAGGCUUCUGAUGACCCCUAUGGAUUAUUCGGUUUUCAGAUUACUAAACUUAUUGUAGAGGAACCUGAGUUUAACUCAGUGAAGGUAAACCUGCCAAUCAUUCGAAAUUCUGGGACACUCUGCAAUGUUACUGUUCAGUGGGUUGCCACCAUUAAUGGACAGCUUGCUACUGGCGACCUGCGAGUUGUCUCAGGUAAUGUGACCUUUGCCCCUGGGGAAACCAUUCAAACCUUGUUGUUAGAGGUCCUGGCUGACGACGUUCCGGAGAUCGAAGAGGUUAUCCAAGUACAACUAACAUAUGCCUCUGGUGGAGGCACUAUUGGGUCAUACCGAGUGGCAAAUGUUAUCAUUCCUGCCAAUGAUAAUCCUUACGGUACAGUAGCCUUUGUUCAGUCGGUUUAUCGUGUUCAAGAGCCUCUGGAAAGAAGUUCCUGUGCUACCAUAACUGUCAGGCGAAGCGGAGGGCACUUUGGUCGGCUGUUGCUGUUCUACAGUACUUCUGAUAUUGAUGUAGUGCCUCUUGCAGUUGAGGAAGGUCAAGAUUUACUGUCCUACUAUGAAUCGCCAACUCAAGGAGUCCCUGACCCGCUUUGGAGAACUUGGGUGAACGUCUCGGCAGUGGGGGAACCUCAGUAUACCUGUGCCACUUUGUGCCUCAAAGAACAUGCUUGCUCAGCAUUUUCAUUUUUCAGUACUUCUGAGGGUCCCCAAUGUUUUUGGAUGACAUCGUGGGUCAGCCUAACUGUUAACAGUUCCGACUUCUGGACCUACAGGAAAAACAUGACCAGGGUAGCUUCUCUUUUUAGUGGUCAGGCUGUGGCUGGUAGUGACUAUGAGCCUGUGACAAGGCAAUGGGCCAUCAUGUUGGAAGGUGAUGAAUUCGCAAAUCUCACGGUUUCUAUUCUUCCUGAUGAUCUUCCAGAGAUGGAUGAGAGCUUCCUAAUUUCUCUUCUUGAAGUUCACCUUAUGAACAUCUCAGCCAGUUUUAAAAAUCAGCCAACUAUAGGACAGCCAAAUACAUCUACAGUUGUCAUAGCAUUAAACGGUGAUGCCUUUGGAGUGUUUAUGAUUUACAGUUCUAGUCCCAAUACCUCAGAAGAUGGCCUAUUUGUUGAAGUCCAGGAACAGCCACAAACCUGGGUGGAGCUGGUGAUCCACAGGACAGGAGGCAGCUUAGGUCAGGUGACAGUCAAAUGGCAUGUUGUUGGAGGAACAGCUACUGAAGGUUCAGAUUUUAUAGGUGCUGGAGACACUCUGACUUUUGCUGAAGGUGAAACCAAAAAGACAGCCAUUUUAACCAUUUUGGAUGAUUCCGAGCCAGAGGAUGACGAAAGCAUCAUAGUUAGUUUGGUGUUCACUGAAGGUGGAAGUAGAAUUUUGCCCAGCUCUGACACUGUUAGAGUGAACAUUUUGGCCAAUGACAAUGUGGCGGGAAUCAUUAGCUUUCAGACAGCUUCCAGAUCUGUCAUAGGUCAUGAAGGAGAAAUUUUGCAAUUCCAUGUGAUAAGAACACCUCCUGGUCGAGGAAAUGUUUCUGUUGACUGGAAAAUUAUUGGGCAAAAUCUAGAAUCCAAUUUUGCUAACUUUACUGGGCGACUCUUCUUUCCUGAGGGGACAUUGAAUAAAACAAUUUUUGUGCAUUUGCUGGAUGACAACAUUCCUGAGGAGAAAGAAGUAUACCAGAUCAUUCUGUUUGAUGUCUGGACACAAGGAGUUCCACCAGCAGGGAUUGCUCUGCUUGAUACUCAAGGAUAUGCAGCAGUCUUGACAGUAGAAGCCAGUGAUGAACCACAUGGAGUUUUAAAUUUUGCACUUUCAUCAAGAUUUGUUUUACUACAGGAGGCUGAUGUAACAAUUCAACUUUUUAUCAACAGAGAGUUCGGAUCUCUAGGAGCUGUGAAUGUCACAUAUACCACCAUUCCUGGAAGGUUGAGUCUGACGAAUCAAACAGAAGAAAACCUAGCAGAGCCAGAAGUUGAUUUUGUCCCGGUGCUUGGCUUUAUGGUUUUAGAAGAAGGAGAAACAGCAAAAGCCAUCAACAUUACUAUACUUGAGGAUGAUAUACCAGAACUAGAAGAAUAUUUUCUGGUGAAUUUAACUUAUGUUGAACUUAUUAUGGUUCCUUCAACUUCAUUUCCUCCCAGACUAGAUCCAGAAGGUCUGACUGCACAAAUUAUCAUUGACGCCAGUGAUGGUGCUCGGGGCGUCAUUGAAUGGCAGCAUAGCAGGUUUGAAGUCAGUGAAACCAAUGGAAAUAUAACUUUAAUAGCCCAAAGGAGCACAGAGGCCUUUGGCCAGGUCUCCCUGUUUGUGUAUGCCCAGAAUUUGGAAGCACAACUGGGGCUGGAUUACAUCUUCACUCCAAUGAUUCUUCAUUUUGCGGAUGGAGAAAGGUCUAAAAAAGUAGCUAUCAUGAUACUUGAUGAUGACGUUCCAGAAGGAGAUGAAAAAUUCCAGUUGAUAUUAACAAAUCCUUCUCCUGGACUAGAGCUGGGGAAAAACACUAUAGCUUUAAUUACUGUCCUUGCUAAUGACGAUGGAUCUGGAGUUCUGUCAUUUAAUAACAGUGAGCACUUUUUCCUGAGAGAACCGGCAGCUCUCUAUGUGCAGGACAGCGUGGCAGUAUUGUAUGUUGUUCGGGAACCUGCACAAGGAUUGUUUGGAACUGUGACGGUUCAGUUCAUGGUGACAGAAGUCAAUUCCUCAGCAGAGUCCAAGGAUCUGACUCCUUCCAAAGGCUUUAUUGUUUUAGAGGAAGGCGUUGGAGUCAAGGCCCUACACAUAGCUGCCUUAUUAGACUCGGAACCAGAAAUGGAUGAGCAUUUUGUCUGUACCUUGUUUAAUCCAACUGGAGGCGCUAGACUAGGGGCACAUGUUCACACCUUCAUAACAGUUUUGCAAAACCAGGACCCUUUGGGACUAUUCAGUAUUUCUGCCAUUGGAAAUAGAGCCACUUCCAUAGACAUCGAAGAAGCCAACAGGACUAUAUACUUAAAUGUGUCACGUACUAAUGGUAUUGAUCUGGCUGUGAGUGUGCAGUGGGAGACAGUAUCUGAAACAGCCUUAGGCAUGAGGGGAGUGGAUGUUGUCUUUGCCAUAUUUCAAAGUUUUUUGGACAAGUCAUCUUUUACCUGGUGUUUCUUUACUUUGGAAGAUUCAACAUAUGGUAUAAUGUUAAGAGAAGCAUCACUUACUAUUUACCGAUGGCAAGGGAUUUUUAUUCCAGUUGUGGAUUUAAGUAUAGGAAAUCCUAAAACCUGUGAGGCCUUUAAUAUUCGUCUUUCCCCCUACUUCGUGAUUACUCAUGAAGAAAAAAAUGAAAAAAAGCCUUCUGUUAACAGUGUGUAUACGUUCACAGCUGGAUUUGAAUUAUUCCUGGUACAAACAAUCACUAUUUCAGAAAGUUCUCAAGUAAGAUAUUUUACUUCAGACGGUCAAGAUUAUUUAAUUAUUGCAAGUCAAAGAGAUGAUUCUGAGUUAACUCAGGUCUUCAGAUGGAAUGGAAGAAGCUUUGCAUUUCAUCAAACGCUCCCUGUCCGAGGUGUACUGACCAUGGCCUUGUUCAGCAGAAGUGGUUCUAUGUUCUUAGCCAUUUCUCAGGCUAAUCCCAGUUUCUAUGCCCUUUUAUUCAAGUGGUCUGGCAGUGGGUUUAUUAAUUUUCAAGAGGUGCCGGUCAGUGGGACAACACAAGUUGAAGCUUUGUCUUCUGGCGAUGAUACUUACUUAAUUUUUUUUCAUUUCAUUAUUGUAGGACAUCAGAAUUUAACUGAUAUUUUCAUCUGGGAAAUGGGACAGUCUUCUUUCAGAUAUUUUCAAUCCCUGGAUUUUGCUCCUAUUAAUGGAAUUCAUACCUUCACACCAGCCUCGGGAAUAGUCCAUAUACUUCUGAUUGGCCAAGAAGUAUCUGCUCUUUACCGCUGGAAUUCAGAGCUGAAUCAAUUCUCUUUUGUUCUGGAAGCACCUUCUGCUCAUGAUGCCGCUUCUGUUACAGUAAAGUCUCUUAAUUCAAGCAUGAAUUUAAUUGCCGUAGCAGGAGCAACACACUCACAUUUGUAUGAACUGGCCUACGUCUCCAGUCAGUCUGACUUUAUUCCGAGUUCAGGUGAACUGAUAUUUGAACCUGGUGACAGAGAAGCUACAAUAGCAGUAAAUAUUCUUGAUGACAUGGUUCCAGAAGAAGAAGAAUCCUUUAGAGUUCAGCUUAAAAAUCCCAAAGGAGGAGCAGAGAUUGGUCUUAAUGGUUAUGUGAAAAUAACUAUUCUGUCUAAUGACGAUGCUUAUGGAGUCAUUGGAUUUGCUCAGAAUUCAUUAUAUAAGCAAGUGGAAGAAAUGGAGCAAGAUAGUCUAGUAACCUUGAAUGUUGAGCGCACAAAAGGAACAUAUGGUCGUGUAACUGUAGCAUGGGAAGCUGGUGGAAGUAUUAGUGAUGUAUUUCCUACCUCAGGAGUGAUUUCAUUUACUGAAGGCCAGGCACUGUCCACGAUCACGCUGGCUGUUCUUGCUGAUGAGUUACCGGAGUUAUCAGAGGUUGUGAUUGUAACACUCACUGGUGUUACCACAGAAGGGGUUGUGGACCCAUCAAAAGGUGCUACUGUUGAUCAGAAAAGAAGCAGGUCCAUGAUAACUACCCUGCCCAGUGACUCACCCUAUGGCGUGGUAGGCUGGCAUGCUCAGUCUCUGUUCACUAGAGUGGCAGAGCCUAAAGAGAACGUCUCCAUACUUCACUUACCAAUUGUUCGAGAAAAAGGACUAUUUGGGGAUAUUGCCAUUCACUUGAUAGCUAAGCCCAAUGUCUUACUGCAUGUCAAUAAUCAAGCUACUGAGAAUGAAGACUAUGUGCUACAAGAAAGAAUAAUAAUAAUGAAAGAAAAUAUAAAGGAAACUCAUGCCAAAGUUGCCAUUUUACCAGAUGAUGCCCCAGAGUUGGAGGAAGGGUUUGUUGUCACUAUAACUGAGGUGAACCUGGUGAGCUCGGCCCUCUCUGCAGAGCAGCCACGCGUGUGGAAGCCAGGAAUGGAAACAGCAGAGAUAAUGAUUGAAGAGAACGAUGACCCCAGAGGAAUUUUCGCGUUUCAUGUUGCUGUGGUUUUCACUGCCUAUGAGGUGCCUCCACCCCUGAAUGUUCUUCAUGUUCCUGUAGUCCGGCUGGCUGGAAGCUACGGGACAGUACAUGUUUACUGGAAAGCGACACCAGGCAGUGCUAGCCUGGAGGACUUUCAGCCAUCUCAUGGGAUUCUCAGAUUUGCAGAUGGACAAGUUACUGCAAUAAUAGAAAUCACCAUCAUUGAUGAUGUUGAAACCGCCAUGCUGGUUGCUAGGAAGGAUUUGGUCACGAGUUGCAAUGAAUCUCUUUUGUCUGAUGAUCCUGAUUCAUAUGUGACAUUGACAUUGUCCGUCUAGAGAAAAGAAGCGAUCCAACUCAUUGGACUGAUAAUUAGGAAGCCAAGGAUUGAUCUUAGUCCCUUGAAUGGACACUAUGAUCAAACUGAGUCCCAGAAAACCAUCAUGUUACACACACUUAAAGACACCUUGUUGGAGGAGGACAGGCAUUUCACCAUUCAGCUGAUACCAGUUGAUGAGGUAGAAAUAUCUCCAGUAAAAGGUAGUGCGUCAAUAAUCAUUCGGGGAGAUAGGGGAGCAUCAGGAGAAGUUGGGAUUGCACUAUCAUCUAGACACGUCCUCAUUGGGGAGCCCUCGGCAACCUAUAAUGGUACCGCUGUCAUCAGCCUUGUUCGUGGCCCUGGGGUUUUGGAGGAGGUCACAGUGUUCUGGAAGAUAUUCCCUCCUUCCAUGGGGGAGUUUGUUGAAUCAUCAGGAAGGCUGACAAUGUGGGAUGGACAGUCUGAGGCCAUUGUAGCAAUACAGGCUUUGAAUGAUGACAUUCCCGAAGAACGGUGUUCCUACGAGUUUCGGCUCACUGGAAUCAGUGAGGGAGGAGUGAUAAGUGACGCCAGCAACACUGCCAACAUCACCAUGGUGGCGAGUGAUUCUCCCCAUGGUCGAUUUGCAUUUUUACAUGAGCGACUUUGCGUGUUGGAAGAAGCACAGAGGGUAAAUAUCACAGUUAUCCGUUCAGGUGGAUAUUUCGGCCUGGUGAGACUUUGGUAUGAGACUGUGGCCAGGACAGCAGAAGCAGGCUUGGAUUUUGUUCCUGUGGCAGGGGAGCUCAUCUUCGAAGCUAGGAAGAUGGUGAAAAGCCUGUAUGUUGAAAUUCUUGAUGACGACCAUCCUGAAGGCCCUGAGGAAUUUUCUCUAGCAAUUACAAAGGUGGAACUCCAGGGAAGAGGGUAUGAUUUUACCAUUCAAGAAAGCGGCCUUCAGAUAGACCAACCUCCUGAAAUAGGAAACAUCUCCACUAUCCUAAUUAUCAUAAUGAGAAAUGAUAAUGCAGAAGGCAUCAUUGAGUUUGACCCAAAGUAUACAGCCCUUGAAGUGGAGGAAGAUGUUGGUAUGAUCACAAUUCCAGUGGUGAGGCUGCAUGGAACUUAUGGCCGUGUGACAGCUGAUUUCAUCUCUCAAAGCUCUUCUGCUGUUCCUGGCGGUGUCGAUUAUACAUUGCUUGGAAGUACAGUCACCUUUGAGCAUGGGCAGAACUUAAGUUUUAUAAAUGUUUCCAUCGUCAAUGACAAUGAAAGUGAAUUUGAGGAGUCAAUUGAAAUUCUACUCGUUGGAGCUACUGGUGGAGCGGUCCUUGGGCACCACCUCGUGAGCAAAAUGAUAAUUGCCGAGAGUGACUCUCCCUUUAGCAUUUUAAGAUUUCUGAAUCAAAGCAAAAUUUCUAUUCCUAACCCCAAUUCCACAAUGAUUUUAUCCUUCGUGAUGGAGUGUGCUGGUGGACUCUUGGGAGAUAUUCAGGUGAACUGGGAGAUAGUAGGACCCAAUUCUCAGGAAGCCUUACCGCCACAGAACAGAGACAUUGCUGACCCAGUGAAUGGAUCCUUCUAUUUUGGAGAGGGAGAAGGUGGAGUGAGAUCCAUAACUCUGACAAUCUAUCCUCAUGAAGAAAUUGAAGUUGAAGAGACUUUCAUAAUUCAACUUAAAAUUGUGAAAGGAGAAGCUAAAUUAGACUCCAGAGCUAAAGAUGUUGCAUUAACAAUACAAAAGUUUGGUGAUCCAAAUGGAGUUGUUCAUUUUGCUCCUGAGUCUCUAUCUAAGAAGAACUAUGUGGAGCCCCUGGCUUUGGAGGGGCCUUUGGUCAUCACAUUCUUUGUCCAAAGAGUCAAGGGCACCUUUGGCGAGAUUAAGGUUUACUGGAAAUUAAGUAGUGAGUUUGAUAUCACUGGAGACUUUUUUUCCACAAGUGGAUUUUUCACCAUGGCCGAUGGGGAAAGUGCAGCAAACUUUGAUGUUCAUUUGCUGCCCGAUGAUAUACCUGAGAUAGAGGAAGAGUGUGUGAUCCAGCUUGUUUCUGUGGAGGGAGGAGGAGAACUAGAUCUGGAAAACUGCACCACGUGGUUCUCUGUGUCUGCAAAUGAUGACCCACAUGGAGUAUUUGCCCUGUACUCAGAUCACCAGUCCAUUCUUAUUGGGCAGAACCUUACUAGAGCUGUCCAAAUUAAUAUAACCCGGCUUGCUGGAACAUUUGGAGAUGUGUCUGUUAGAUUUCGAAUAUCGUCUGAUUAUAAAGAGCAACCAAUUGUAGCUGAGAAUGCAGAGAAACAGCUGGUGGUCAGUGACGGUGCUAGAUAUAAAGUGGACACGGUGCCAAUAAAGGAUCAGGUUUUCCUAUCACUGGGCUCUAAUUUCACCUUGGAACUGGAGACUGUGAUGCUUGUUAAUGGACGUUUCUAUGGGAUGCCAACAAUUCUCCAGGAAGCAAAAUCUAUUGUUCUUCCUGUCCCUGAGAAAGCAGCCAAUUCCCAGGUUGGAUUUGAAUCUACUGCUUUUCAACUCAUGGACAUUGCUGCAGGCACAAGCCAAGUUGUCAUUUCCAGGAGAGGCACAUAUGGCGCUCUCUUGGUGGCCUGGACUGCUGGUUAUGCUCCUGGGUUAGAAAUCCCUGAAUUCAUUGUUGUUGGCAACAUGACCCCAAUACUGGGUAAACUUUCAUUUUCCCAUGGUGAGCAAAGGAAGCAGGUUUUGCUGCAGACAUUUCCCAGCCCUGGUCGCCCAGAGGCCUUUGUCCUUCACUUGUCAGGAGUGCGGAGCAGUGCUCCUGGUGGAGCUCAACUUCGAUCAGGUUUCACUACUGCUGAAAUUGAACCAAUGGGAGUGUUCCAGUUUUCCCCCAGUUCAAGAGCUGUCACAGUGUCAGAGGAUGCACAGAUGAUCAGGUUACAUGUGCAAAGACUGUUUGGUUUCCACAGCGAUCUUAUCAAAGUUUCCUAUGAGACAACUGCAGGAAGUGCCAAACCAUUGGAAGACUUUGAGCCCGUUCAAAAUGGGGAAGUGUUUUUUCAAAAAUUCCAAGCCGAGGUUGAUUUAGAAAUAACCAUUAUUAAUGAUCAGAUUCCUGAGAAAGAAGAAAUUUUUUACAUUAAUCUCACUUCCGUAGAAAUUAGGGGACUACGGAAGUUUGAUGCUAAUUGGGGACCACGCCUGAAUCUAGAUUUCAGUGUUGCAGUGAUCACAAUAUUGGAUAAUGAUGAAGUGGAGGGAACAGAUGUUUCUGUUCCCAUGACAGCAGUGUCUGUAGCAGUUGGCACCACUCUGGUUGCUGUAGAAACUGGCUCUACCACAUAUCCUGGCACAAGCAGGGUAACGGCCAUUCCACAGACCAGUGAGAUCAUCACCCUUGUUACUGAAGCAACUGGUGUAUCUGCCACCUCCGGGGAACUUGUCAUCCUUCAUGGUACAUCCACUAUUCUUGAGAAGCCUGAUGUGGCCAGUGGAACUGCCGAAGUUUCCAUCCAUGGAACAUUUAGUCUCAGUCCCCCAGUUGUUUAUGUGGAAGAGGAAAUGAAGAAUGGCUCAUUCAGUACUGUAGAAAUUCUUAUCCAAAGGACUGGUGGGUUUACUGGUGAUGUCAGCAUAACAGUUAAAACUUUUGGUGAAAGAUGUGCUCAGAAGGACCCAUCUGUGUGGCCCUUUCAGGAUAUCUAUGGAGUCCCCAAUCGAACGUGGGCAGUUGAAGGAGAAGACUUUGAAGAACAAACACUUAUCCUUACAUUUCUAGAUGGAGAAAGAGAACGUAAAGUAUCUGUUCUGAUUCUGGAUGAUGAUGAGCCUGAGGGGCAGGAAUUCUUCUAUGUGUUUCUCACAGACCCUCAAGGGGGAGCACAGAUUGUGAGGGGAAAGGGGAAUGCUGGAUUUGCAGCUUUUGCCACGGUUAUUAUUGCAGGGAGUGAUCUUCACAAUGGCAUCCUAGGCUUCAGUGAGGAGUCCCAGAGUGGACUGGAACUAGGGGAAGAAACUGGUACAAGAAGACUGCAUCUUACUGUCACAAGGCAGCCAAACAGGGCCUUUCAAGAUGUCCAGGUCUCAUGGCGAGUUACAUUUAACAAAACAGCCCCUGUUCUCCAGAAAGAAGAGGUAAACCUAAUGGAUGAACUUCUGUCUGUGUCAGGGAUCACGACUUGUGCAGUUGGCCAAACACAAUGCCUUAUCACCCUUGAACUCAAACCAGAGAAGAUACCUCAAGUUGAAGUGCAUUUUUUUGUGGAGCUCUAUGAAGUAACUGCUGGAGCAGCAAUAAAUAACAGUGCCAGAUUUGCUCAGGUUAAAGUUUUACAGAAUGAUGGGCCCCGAAGCCUCAUGUAUUUUUCUGUGGGUUCUCGGCUUGCAGUGGUUCAUAAGAAGGCCACUUUGAUCAGUUUGCAGGUGGCCAGAGAUUCCACCACAGGAGCCAUGAUGUCUGUUAACUUUUGUACCCAGGAAUUGAGGAGUGCUGAAACAGUUGGUCGUACUCUCAUAUCUCCAGCUAUAUCUGGGAAGGAUUUUGUGAAAACUGAAGGAACAUUGGUCUUUGAACCUGGUCAGAGAAAUGCCAUGUUGGAUGUCACCCUAUCACCAGAAACAGGAUCUUUAAGUCCGUUUCCUAAACGCUUUCAGAUUGUGCUUUUUGACCCAAAAGGUGGUGCCAGAAUUGAUAGUGUAUAUGGGACUGCCAACAUCACUCUUGUUUCUGAUGCAGACUCUCAGGCCAUUUGGGGCCUUGCAGAUCAGCUAUACCAGCCCCUGGAUGAAGACAUUCUCAACAGAGUGCUUCAUAAUAUCAGCAUAAAAGUGGCCACAGAAAACACAGAUGAACAACUCAGUGCUGUGAUGUAUUUAAUAGAAAAG